GGGGGGCAUAUUGCAUCUAGGUGCUUUGCUCCGAGGAAAGAGACAGGAAAAGGGAAAGCAGUGGUUCCUAUCGGAUGUGCCGUGGUAAUCAGUAAAUCGACAAGAGAGCCCCAGGUAGACAGAGUACGAGAAGGGUCUGAGACUUGUCUGUCACACGGAACCGUGUCUGCGAGGGAGAGAGACACACCAGUUCCCGUACGGAUCUGGAGAGACACGGGGGCUGAGCUGUCGUUGAUCAGCAGUAAGUAUAUGUCAGGAUUUGGCAAUGAAUUUUCUUCAGAAGAUCUGAGCUGUCCUGGUUCCUUACCAGAGGGUCAGAAUAAUCCACAGGUUUGUCCGUAUGGGCUGUAUGCAGAACAACUGUCUGGUUCAGCCUUCACUUGCCCGAGAAACAACAACAAGAGGAGUUGGCUGUAUCGUAUUCUACCUUCAGUUGUUCAUAGGCCCUUUGCUUCUGUAUAUCAGGGAAAUCUCUCUUAUAAUUGGGAUGAAGUCAACCCUGAUCCCAACCAGCUCAGAUGGCUGCCCUUCAAACUACAAAAGAAAUCGGAGAAGAUGGUUGAUUUUAUAACUGGCUUACAUACUAUAUGUGGAGCUGGAGAUAUCAGGUCUCACUGUGGCUUGGCUAUUCAUAUCUAUAUCUGCAACACAUCAAUGGAGAAUAAGAGUUUUUAUAAUUCAGAUGGGGAUUUCCUUCUAGUGCCCCAAAAAGGGAACCUCCUGAUCACCACAGAAUUUGGCAAAAUGCUGGUGGAACCCAAUGAGAUUUGUGUCAUUCAGCAAGGCAUGCACUUCAGUGUGGAGGUCUCUGAAGAAACCAGAGGUUACGUUCUGGAAAUCUUUGGAGCACAUUUUGAGUUACCUGAUCUUGGCCCUAUUGGAGCCAAUGGCCUCGCCAAUCCCAGGGAUUUCAAAGUUCCCGUUGCAUGGUAUGAAAACCGACAAGUUCCAGCAGGCUUUACUGUCAUCAACAAAUUUCAGGGGAAGCUUUUUGCUGCCCUGCAGAAUCUCUCUCCAUUUAAUGUUGUGGCCUGGCAUGGAAACUAUACACCUUACAAGUACAAUCUGAAUAACUUCAUGGUCAUUAAUUGUGUUGCAUUUGAUCAUGCAGAUCCUUCAAUUUUCACAGUGCUGACUGCUAAAUCAACUCGCCCAGGUGUGGCUAUUGCGGAUUUUGUGAUCUUUCCACCACGUUGGGGAGUAGCUAACCACACAUUCAGGCCUCCUUACUACCAUCGCAACUGUAUGAGUGAAUUUAUGGGACUGAUUAAGGGUCAUUAUGAAGCAAAGGAGCAGGGCUUCCUGCCUGGCGGAGCAAGUCUGCAUAGCAUUAUGACUCCGCAUGGGCCAGAUGCUGAAUGCUUUGAAAAAGCAAGCAAGACAGAACUCAAACCAGAACGAGUAGCUGAUGGGACAAUGGCAUUUAUGUUUGAGAGCUCUUUCAACAUGAGUGUCACCAAAUGGGGUCUGGAGACCUGCAACUGCUUGGACAAAAGCUAUUCAGACUGUUGGAAGCCUCUGAAAAAUAACUUCAAUAUCAAAUGGAAGCUAAGUGACAAGUGAAACACUAACACAAAAGGAUUCAGAUCAGUCUGUGGCUACUGAGGGAAAAAUUUCACCUGACUGACAGAUCAUUAGUUACCACUGAAAUAAUUACUGAUGCAAACAUAUGUAAGCAUGUAGAAAUCAUAAGUGUUGAAUCAAAUAAAGUUAAAUGACUUGUAUUUACUCACACUUAACUAUUUGAAACACUAUUUUUGAAGAGUUUAUUGCAAAAAUAAGAUGUAUUGAUACUUUCCACAAACGUGUCUAAUUUCUGUAAUAGUGCACCGUUGGUUACCUAUAACUUGAAAUGUGCCCAUUUAAGCAUACUGAAUACCAGUUUGCCCAUCUUUGUGAUGAGGAAAAAAAAUCCCAGAGUUGUAACAUUUGCACUGUUAAAACCAAUUAAGGUCAACAAAGUUGGAAAUGUUUCAAGACAGAAUAUUAAAAGGGAUUAAUACUGAGAAAUACUGCAGAACAAAUAACAGUAAAAGGAACAACUGAAUUUGUGACUUCUCCAUGAUAUGAAUCUUCUUUACCUAUGUAACCAGCAAAUGUUUCAAGCCUUGUGAAAUAGGAAAAAAAGUCAGAAAUAAUAAACACAAUUACUUUUAACAUAAAAUAUGAAUAAACUGACC